CCGGUCUUAUGCCAGACGACCAUCUUUGACUCACAAUAGCAAGAAAGGGAGGUAAACUGGCUGGCAGGGGUGUUAAAGAAACCUCGGUGAUGUUGGGCAGGACUGGCUAAAAUUAAAGACAUUUUCCAUUGGCACUUGCUACUGUACAACACCCACACAGCUUGUGUUUGCCAGAGCCUGGAAGAAAACCACAAAAAACAAAGUGAUAAACAUUCAUCACACAAGACUUAUGCAACAUCUCAGCAUUCACAGUGCGACUUUGGCAAGACAUUCCAGCAUUUAAACUGCUUCAGGGAGUCCAGAUCCAUCUUGCAUCUAUUACUGGAAAGUGUGGGGGAACAGGUCCAAACUUAGUUUUGGUGGGCCUUGGCCACCUUUGCAUGAAAAGAUUGUCAUCAUUAUUAUGAAACAUGGACCAAAGUGCAGUUGACAGUCCAGUGACCUUAGUCAUCAAGGCUCCAAACCAAAAAUACGAUGAUCAGACUAUAAAGUGUUUUUUGAACUGGACAGUCGAAAAAUUGAAAACACACCUUUCAGAUGUGUAUCCAAGCAAGCCGGCAUCAAAGGAUCAAAGACUUGUCUAUUCUGGCAAACUUCUUCUGGACCAUUUUCAGUUGAGAGAUGUCUUCAGAAAGCAAGAUGAGUAUCACAUGGUUCACUUAGUGUGUGCCUUGCGGGCCCCAUCGGUAUCACUAGAGCAUAGUGGCAGUAACAUGAACACGACAGCACCGGCAUCUCUUGGCCCCACAAAUUUGGAAUCAGGAGCUUCUACUUCCACUUCCUCUCGAAGCCAAGAAACUUUGACAGCCUCCACAAGUACAAGUACAGAUGGACUGAGGCAUCGAAACAGUCAACAGCAGCAAACCAGUCCUGAGCUGAGCUAUGCGCCUCCAGACUUCAUGCAAGAACAUCUGGGUAACCCAGUUCCGAUGCAGCAUGGCAUUCCCGCUGGGUUUCCCAUGUACCCUAUAUACAACCCAAUGCAAAUGUUGUGGUGGCAGCAAAUGUAUGCACGGCAUUACUACAUGCAGUUCCGAGCAGCAUCGUCCCAGGGAUCAGAUUCUGUUUUCCCAUCUAUCACUACUUCCUCCCAGUCCACUGAUCAUCCACCUCAGAAUGAGCCCCCAGUCGUGCCCAACGCAGCUGUGCCGGAGAACAGGCCUGUAAACCAGAACAUCCAGAUGAACGCUCAGGGUGGCCCAGUAAUCAACGAUGACGACUUGAACCGGGACUGGUUAGACUGGAUGUAUACCUUCUCCCGAGCUGCUAUUCUGCUGAGCAUCGUAUACUUCUACUCCUCAUUCAGCCGCUUUGUCAUGGUGAUGGGGGCCAUGCUGCUAGUUUACCUGCACCAGGCUGGCUGGUUUCCAUUUCGACCAGAUGUGCAGGACCAGCCAGGGGAAGUCAACCAGGAGGAACAUGAGGCUGAACACAAUCAGGAUAUGCAGGAAAUGGAUCUGCUCAUGGACGAUGGCCUAGGUGAAGACAGUGGGGACGACACAGUGGAAGACAUGACUCCGCACCGUGGAUUUUUGGCCUCGGCAUGGUCCUUCAUCAUUACUUUUUUCACUUCCCUCAUCCCUGAAGGGCCACCCCAUGCUGCCAAUUAGAGGCAGCAAGAAGGCCAGAAAGCGGCUUCACAGUUCAAAUGUUGCAUAAUGCACUCAUUCUUCUGACAAAGUGACAUUAUGCGUGUUCAUGGAUUCAGAAAAGCAAGGCACUUACGCUUAGGUUUUUGUCUCACUAUCUGUGACACAUCUCUUUUGAUCAUGACACAUAAAAUCUUUGUAUGAUGAAAAAAAAGUUCACUGUCUUCCUUUUUGACUUUUGAAAGGGCAGUUGCUACCAAUAUUUUUACUUUCAGUAUUAAAGGGGAAAAAAAAGCGAUGGCUGUAUAUGUGAAAAAAGCUAAACCUCAAUCAUACUACAUCUCUGUAAAAUUCUGUUAUGUUCCAAGUAACCUUUUUGUAUAUACAUUCAACAAUAAUAAAAAAUAAAAAAAAUACUUUGCAAUA